AUGGCUGCUCACACAACACGAAUCCCCCCGACGAGUACUGGGGAGAGCAGUUUACCCAUACGGCCCACCAAUUCGGCGGCUAACGACUCGAGUGCAUCUGGUGAAAUGGACGGCCCUACCCGCCGCAAGUUCCCCCGGACGCUCAGCGGCAACGACAACACCAAUUUGCGCAAAGCAAGCACGAGCUCGACAACGUCUGCACCUCGACCGCCGCAGAAUGACAGCACCAAGUCGGGCUUCAGGGGCCGCCGGCUCUCAGUACGCGAUCAACACAAAGGCCCUCUCGGACCACGGCCGCUCGACACUUCGAAACAAAGGGUGGCUUCCAAUGCGAGCAUCGCCUCCCAGCAUGUCCCAUCGGCCGCCAACCGCUCUUUCCUGCCCACCUCGACCAGCGAGACCGUCCUCCCUGAAUCUUCGCGAGCCGCAAAUCCACGCUUCAGUUUCGGAAAACACAACGACAAUCUCAACGACUCGACUGGCUCCAGCGCCGCCUACGACUUCCUGCCCUCGGUCAACUUUGAUGACUUUCACGCUAGCAUCGCCGCCUACGAGCCCGCUCUGAGCGACUUCCCAGCGCCGGGAAGUGGCGGCAUCGGCCUCUUUCCUACUACCGUACCUGCCACACAAGCUCUCCUUCAGACCAGCAUGGGCUCCGAUGAACCCAUUUCUGAUGUAGUCAUUCCUUCGACAGGGACCGGGACACGACCCGCCCGUAGCACGACCCUCAUGCGCCGUUUUAGCCAGUCGCGAACACACAAUAGCGCUUCCCCAGUCGGUACCUCAGGCGGAACCAGUUCGAUGCCUCCACCGCCCGCCGGGGCCUCCGUUCGCAGCCGUCGCCAAAGCCACUUACCCGCCCAAGCUCCCCCAAACCCUGCCGCACGAGCCCCGCGUAAGUCGAUCGGCCCUGGCAUGGUACCGUCGGGCCUGGACGGUCGUGAUGUGCGCAAUGAGAUCCCCAAGCUAAACGGUGAAAAUGUGCAAGUCCGAAUCGGCCGGACACCCUCCUUCAGUCAAGGGGGACGACGCGACUUGCCGGCGAACUUGAAUGCCAGGACUGAAGCACAGAGAGUCAGCAGUAACGCUAGGGCUACGAAAGCGAAGUCGAUGCACGCCCCCCCAAAACAGCAGGGCUUUCUGAGUGCAGCUACCUCGACGCCCGAGCACCAGGCGGAGGGCCCAAUCACCCAGAACCGAACCCCUGGAAAGACACCUGCGCAGCGGACGCAUACGCCGUCAACGUCCUCAAGUAGACGACAGUCCACAAUGCACCACGUGAGCGGCCUAGGGGCCCGGACCAUCAGCCCAACGGAUGCGCUGCGCAUGAAGAGGCUAUCAAUGAAUCCCAACGCAAUGGGCGUACCCGCAGGUCCUCCAACCCCGCAAGGAGAGUUCUCUUUUGACGAGCGAGGCCUCAAUCAAUCGCCUGCCAUGAUCUUCAGGAAAAGCGUAACACCGUCAUCAGCGCGCGGUACUCCUGAACAAAAGCGCAAAUCCUAUGCUUCAGGGAUAUCAUUAUCGUCGAACUCGAGCUUGAACUCGCUCAAGGUUACUACGUCUUCCAUGCUUCUGCGUGGUAACCCUGCCCUUUCAGGCUCUCGACUUCCUACUCCGAAGCCCAGAAAUGUGCAUAGCUCUGCAGCAGGAGAAGACGAUGAAGACGUCCCCCCUGUUCCGGCGAUACCAAAAGCAUACGAGUCUCCAAAGGACCCAGACCACACCAGCUUCUCGUUCCUCGCUGCCACCAAAUCGUCUAUGCCGCAACCUUCACGACAACAUCGGGCGCCCACUCCCGACCUUGAUAGUGGUCCUGAUCAGAACACCGAGACUUCGGGCAGUGACCCGAACACCACAGAUCCUACCAAGAAGGAGGGACCACCUAGGCAUCGUAGAGGACUGACACUCGGCUCAAGCGACGUGGAUAAGACCCCAGUGUUGCCUCGCAACACCAAGAAGAACCUACAGCCCAUCAGGCUCCCACCUUUGACGCUGCUCCCACUCGGUACUCCUUUCAACAAUAGGAUCUCUUCUUUUCCCGCUCCGUCAAGCGAGGUGGACGACCGAAGUGUGACACCGCCACCGAAGCGUGCUAGCAAUAAAACGCCAAGCACACCCAUGACCGCGUCCAAGGCCACCUUCUUCUCGAAGUCGCACCCGGAUCCCUUUGACACAAAACACCUUCGCAGCAGCAGCUCUGCCUAUAACCUUCGUCGGCCGGACUCCUCGCUUCCGGCCGCCUCCGCGAUGCCGGUACCGACUCUCAACCCUGGACGACAGGCUACGACGCCGUUUGCAUCAAACUCAUUGCCCAAGGGUGGUGGCGACUUCGCGAGAUUGUACUCCAGGCCUAGCGGUGAAUACCAGAUCAGCGAUUUGGAUGUGGAAAUGCAGAGCUUACGAGUCAAUGGUCCGCGUGCUCAACCGAAAACUGAGCCAUCAUCGGCACACACUACGUCAACUGAACCAGAAACACCCUCCUCUGCGUCGUCGCUGAGACGAAAGCUCAGUAUAAGUGGCUGGCGACGUAGCUCAUCGAAGGCUGCCACUCAUGUAUCGCAUGGUUCGCAAUCACAAAACAUACCAAGAAGAGUGGAGCAGACCCAGCAGCCGCAGAAACCUAAUGACAUGCCCCCUCCCAGGCUACCAGCCUCUGCCGCGUGGAAUGGAUCUUUGGGAGGUAGCCCCACUCCUUCGAACCGCACUCGGCCCUCUCUUGAUUUCUCUCGGAGGAAGCCAUCGACGGCUACAAUCGCAAGCGACACGGAGCUGGACAAGCAUGGAGACCAGCAGAAGAGCAAGAUCAGUGUUCGAAUUCCUUCUAGCCAUGCCGAUCUGUCCGGUAACAAGCCAGGUGCCUCCCUUUUGACACCAGUACAGCGAAUGCUGGGUUCAAAGAGCUCCACGAGCGUACUGAGAGCCCGCCAUCUUGAGUCCAACCUUGAUAGGGAAGAUCUGGCCGCUGACGAGGAGAUGCGAAAGUUGGCUUCAAAACGGAGAUCUUUUGAGCAAGCCGCCCGUCAAGUGGAUGAGCUGAGGAAACGGGCGCGGCCGCAAGAGCGGGUAACGCCAGCGCAGGCGCUCCAAAUGGUCAAUUUGAACAUCUUUGAGAGAGGAGAAAUCAUCGACUACAAGGAAAUCUAUUUCUGCGGCACAAAGAACGCGAAGAAGAUCGUGGGAGAUCUGAGCCAACAAGCUCUCAACUUUGGCUAUGACGAUGAGAGGGGUGACUAUAAUAUCGUUCUUGGGGACCAUCUUGCAUACCGAUACGAGGUGGUUGACGUUCUCGGGAAGGGCAGUUUUGGGCAGGUUGUUCGCUGUGUGGACCAUAAGAUGGGUCUGUUGGUGGCAGUCAAGAUCAUUCGCAACAAGAAGCGCUUCCACCAGCAGGCUCUCGUGGAAGUCAAUAUCCUUAAAAAGCUCCGCGAAUGGGAUCCCGACAACAAGCAUAGCAUGAUCAACUUCACCCAGAGCUUCUAUUUCCGUGGCCAUCUCUGCAUCUCCACCGAGCUGCUCGGGAUGAACUUGUAUGAGUUUAUCAAGGCGCAUGAAUUUAAGGGUUUCUCGCUGCGGCUCAUUCGACGCUUCUCCAAGCAGAUACUCAGCUCCCUGAUCCUCCUACGAAGCCAUCGGGUCAUCCACUGCGAUCUGAAGCCGGAGAACAUCCUGCUCGCGCACCCACUGCAUUCCGAGAUCAAGGUCAUCGAUUUUGGCUCAAGCUGCUUUGAGAACGAGAAGGUGUACACGUACAUCCAGUCGCGAUUCUACCGCUCACCCGAGGUCAUUCUUGGCAUGAGUUACGGAUUGCCGAUUGACAUGUGGAGUCUGGGAUGUAUCCUUGCCGAGCUCCUCACUGGCUAUCCCAUCUUCCCUGGAGAGAACGAGCAGGAACAGCUCGCUUGCAUCAUGGAGAUUUUCGGGCCGCCAGAGAAGCAUCUGAUUGAGAAGAGCAGUAGGCGGAAGUUGUUCUUCGAUUCCACGGGCAAACCUCGGGUUACAGUGUCUAGCAAGGGACGACGACGAAGGCCUAGCUCCAAGACACUCCAACAAGCUCUCAAAUGCGACGACGAAGCCUUCCUUGACUUCAUUGCGCGAUGUCUCCGGUGGGACCCGGACCGCCGUAUGAAGCCGGACGAAGCGAUGCUCCACGAGUUCAUCACGGGCAACAGGAAGCCCGCACGACCGCGGACAGCGGUGAAUGGCAGCGGGGCAGCUUCGUCGCCUAUGAAGCGCUUGCCUCCAGCCCAAACGCCUCAACAGCGUACCCGUCCCCUACCGGAGCCUCCUGUCACCAGCCUUCGGAACGGGCAGCCGGCGAACACGAACGUUGAAGGGCCCAGGCAAUCGCCAGUCAAAGGGCCCAGGCGCAACUCGACGGUACAUGGAGCACCCAGUGCCACGGCGGUCAAACGAGCCGCAAACGGAGCGCCGCUCCAUGCAACGAGCAGCCUUCCACGAGCGGCGCAACGAAGCUUCUCGGGGAAGCCAGACCUCGCCUCUGCAGCCGCAGUGGCUAGCCUCCAAAAACAACCACGCUGA